CUAUGUCUCAGACAGGGCAACAGGGGGUGGACACAGAUUGAUACGAUGGAGUCGCUGAAAGUUUGGACUUUAUCUUCCCACUCCAUCAAGCACUUCAUCAAUAUCACUUCUGUAACGACACGAAGAACCAGACCACCGGUGAUGGUCAUCAGGUGUUGCUCUUCCACCUCUUCCUCCUCUGUUCGGAACAGGAGAAGGUCCUCCUCUUCUUUUUCUUCUUCUUCUUCGUCGUCCACUUCUGACAGAGACUCCAUUCGCGCCAUGCGCAUUAAGAGGGUCGAAGAAUUGAGGAGCAAGGGUUAUGAGCCUUAUGCAUAUAGGUGGGAGCGGACACAUACUGCGAAUGAGCUGCAAGCUAAAUAUAAAGAUCUGGAGAAUGGUGAAGCGUCAAACAGUGAUGAUUUAGAGUCAGUAGCUGGAAGAAUUGUAGCUCGGAGAGCAUUUGGAAAACUUGCUUUCUUGACUCUAAGAGAUGAUUCAGGGACUAUUCAGCUUUACUGCGAGAAGGAAAAGCUUCUAAAUGAUCAGUUUGACCAGUUGAAAACAUCUGUUGAUAUUGGCGAUAUUUUGGGUGCGAGUGGCUCAAUGAAGAGAACAGAGAAAGGGGAGCUUUCUGUUCAUGUCAGUUCGUUUGCAAUUCUUACAAAAUCUCUGCUCCCAUUACCAGAUAAAUAUCACGGUCUCACUGACGUGGAUACACGUUAUCGUCAACGGUAUGUAGAUAUGAUCGCGAAUCCAGAGGUAGCUACUGUAUUCCGCAUGAGAGCUAAGAUAGUUUCAGAGAUACGCAAAACAGUGGAGUCUUCGGGUUUUAUUGAAGUUGAAACUCCAGUUCUACAGGGAGCAGCUGGUGGUGCAGAAGCUAGGCCAUUUGUUACGUACCAUAAUUCACUUGGAAGGGAUCUUUAUUUGAGAAUUGCAACUGAGCUUCAUCUUAAGAGAAUGCUGGUUGGGGGUUUUGAAAAAGUUUAUGAGAUCGGUCGUAUAUUCAGAAAUGAAGGAACUUCAACUCGCCAUAAUCCUGAGUUUACCACUAUUGAGAUGUAUGAAGCAUAUUCCGACUAUCAAAGCAUGAUGGACAUGGCAGAAAAAAUUAUUGUUCAAUGUGCCCUUGCAGUUCAUGGGAAGCUUACCAUUGAUUAUCAGGGAACGGAAAUAUGUCUGCAACAGCCAUGGAGGAGGGAAACCAUGCAUAAUCUUGUCAAAGAAGCUACUGGAAUUGAUUUUAAUGACGUGAGGGGGGAUAUUGAAAUUGCUAAAGAAGUUGCUUUGAAGGCUCUUGGAGUUGGCCAUGAUAGCAAAGAGAAAUCUUCAAUCAAAGCAUGCCCAUCUGUGGGCCAUGUCCUUAAUGAGGUUUUUGAGUGUGUUGUUGAACCAACACUUCUGCAGCCGACAUUUGUUUUGGACUAUCCCAUUGAGAUAUCUCCCCUGGCUAAACCACACAGAAGGCAUGCAGGCUUGACUGAGAGAUUUGAACUAUUCAUCUGUGGUCGGGAGCUGGCCAAUGCAUUUUCUGAAUUAACAGAUCCUAUGGAUCAGAGAGAACGUCUUGAAGAGCAAAUAAGACAGCACAAUUGUAAGAGAGCAGCAAUUUCACAAGCACACUCUGUGGAAGAGAGAAGAAAAAGAAAUGAUGACGACUCGUAUGACGUGACUCUAGAUGAAGACUUCCUAACAGCUUUGGAAUAUGGAAUGCCACCAGCUUCAGGAAUGGGACUAGGCAUUGACAGGUUGGUUAUGCUUCUUACAAACUCUGCCAGCAUUCGGGAUGUCAUUGCAUUCCCUGUCCUCAAGCUUCAGCAGUGACACUUUAUUGGGAAUCAAACUGCAUCCCUAAAGGUUAUAGCAACAGGCCUAUGUAGAGCUAAUCACAUUUUUGGUGGGUUCCAUCUAACUCAUCAUAGGUUUGAAGAAGAUGCCACAUAUGUGGAACUUCAGCUGUAAAAUGCUAAAAUCAAUUUUUCCUUGCUGUAAUUGAUUCUUUAAUGGAAUCAUGGACGGGUUUAUAACAAGAUCCCAUACAUUCAGACCAUGAGUCGAAGAAGUUCAGUAUUCCAGUAUUCAAUUCUCCAAUUUUUUCGGUUAUUCCUUAGGCUCGACACCUUUAUGAGCAGAAUAGAAAUCAGAAAGUUUUGAGGUUUUUUCUUUGUUCCUCUCAUUUUCUUGUUCUUAAGUUAGAUUAGAAGUCUCUGUUGGUAAAACUGAAGUCCUUACUUUAUAUUUUUGGAGUCAAAGAAUGUAAAGUUGCCGGACCUCAUAUUAGUGGGGCCUGACUAAUGUAAUUGAGCAGUUAGAUAUUGACUGUCGUAUUUCUCUCAAAGAUCUUGCUUUCUUGUGUGGUUC